AUGUAUUUCAUUCUUUUCCUCUUUGUUAUGAUUAUUUUCGACGGAGGUUUUGCUUCGUCUAAUUUACAACAAGAAAGUGAAGCAACAGUAAGUAAAGCUUCCUUGGGCAAAAUCGAAGGACUUUCAAUAGCGAAAGCUGGUGUAUUUAACCGCAGUCGACGUCAAACAUUUACAGAUCGUACUUCUAUAGCAAUACUUAUGCCAGAAGGAGGCCCAUGGGGUGAAGAGAAACAUUAG